AUGUUGCCUUCUUCGCUAAUCCUCCUCUCACUGCUUACUCUCGCUUCCUCCCAAAGCUUCACAACCUGGACGCCGCCAGGCCCAAAUGACCUCCGCUCACCCUGUCCUGGCCUAAACAGUCUCGCAAAUCAUGGCUUCAUCCCUCACAAUGGCCAAGGUCUCACAAUACCUAUCCUCAUAAAAGGACUCAAAGAUGGGCUUAACGUAGGAGCCGAUUUCUCAACUGCUAUUGGUGGUGCAGGGCUGCUCUCUGUGCCGAGUAAUCCUCUGGCUACAUCGUUCACUCUCAAGGACAUUCGGAAACAUAAUUUCCCUAUCGAGCAUGAUGCUAGUCUGAGUCGAGCAGAUUUCAAUUUGGAUAACGGGGACAACUGGAUGUUCAAUCAGAGUAUUUUUGAUACUGUCUUAAGGUAUUAUGACGGCAUGACGACGACGAGUAUCCCCGUUGCUUCGGCUGCGAAAUAUAAUCGUGUCAAGACUGAGCAGGCAAGAGAUCCGAAGUUCACCUAUACUCCCCAACAGUUCGUUCUGUCGUACGGCGAGACGGCUCUGUAUCUCUCCACGAUGGGUGAUCCCAUCACGGGUGUUGCACCGGUUGAAUGGGUCAAGAUUUUCUUUGAGCAAGAGAGGUUGCCGUACAAUGAAGGCUGGAGACCAACGACUCUCGAAACGAACUUGCCUUCAUUGGGUGCCAUGGUUCUACAGCUGAAUGCGGCGAACAAGGAGGCAGUGCCUGAGGGCUUGCUGAUCACAACGAAUACGCUGAAGCUGGCGUUUGGGGGUUACAAUCCUAUCACUGGAUUAUUGGAUCAUAUUCUCUGA